AAAAAUCAUUGUCACUCAGUCACAGUUGAGCAAAGUAAAAGGAAAAGGGAAAAUGGCGGGAAAGGAGGAAGUGAAGGGGCGGCGAGGAGCGACCGGCGCCGGCGGCGAAGAGGUCUGCUGGAGAAAGAAAGUGGACGACAACCUAAACAGGCUCCAUUCUCUUUCCUUCGGAGCCGAGCUCGCCCUCGAGAGGCACGACUUCUCCUCCGCUCAGAUUCUCGGCCUUCGUCUCCUUGGCUUCCUCGACUCCCAAUCUCAGUCUUCGCUCGACCACGCCUUCAUCCGCCCCAUUCGUCGAGAAACCGAAGCCAAACUCCACGCCGCCCGCCGCGAGCUCAUUCCUCUUUCCGAUCGCAAAGUCUUUGAGCAAGCAAAGAAGGCGCCGGGCUGUGUUUUUGGCACAAAUGGAGAUAUUGACAUUGAGAAGAUUAAGCAGUCAAAGUACUUUCAGGCUCUUCUUCAGCAAUCUAGUAGCGGAAGGGCUGUGAAUGAUUUGGGAGAUCAAUUGGAGAGGCAGGACAAGUUGACUAGCAAGUUUUCAAAACCUAUGACACAAACAAAGUUGACAUCGUUGUAUAAACAGAACUCGAUGGUGGAAAGUAAUGGAAAAUCCAAGGGUUCUUUGGCCUCUAGAAGUAACGGCUCUGAGGACUGCGUUGGUGUAGAAAAGCUUCACACUCUCCACAACCAUAAUGGUGGUCAUAGUGCCUCUUCUUUUCAAAAAGUUGAAGAGGAAGGAGCUUAUGGGAAUACCUUUAGGGCUAAACGUGCACACAAGGAAUUUACUAGCCCCAUCAUUGAUAUAGCUAAGUCCCCAUCAGCCAACGAAGAUGCUAAAGCUGAUGGUUCUGGAAAUAGCUUUGUUACUGCCAAAGCCAAAUUGGAAAUGGAUGUGAGGCAAAGAAGAGGGUUAGCGCCAGCAAGAUCACCAAAUUCUUGUGUCUCUCCUCAAAGUGAUAACAAUGCUACUAAUAGGGGUUAUGGUAUGAGAUCAUAUGGUUAUUCACAUCGGGGAGCCCGUGGUAAUUUUGUCCCCCCUAUUAAAUCUAAUGAGGGAAACGUUGGGAAUGUGACUUCACGAGUCGCUGGAAAGUCAGACGAUGCAUUAGGUGACUCAACUAAGAGAUGUUUGGAACUGCUCUGUGGUCCUGAUGGAGAGCUUCCAGAAAAACUAAGGAACUUGGAACCUCGUCUUCUUGAGCAUGUUAGUAAUGAGAUUAUGGACAAGGAUCCUAAUGUUCGAUGGAAUGAUAUAGCUGGUUUGGAGCAUGCUAAAAAAUGUGUAACCGAGAUGGUCAUAUGGCCUCUACUACGUCCUGACAUUUUUAAGGGCUGUCGUUCUCCUGGGAAAGGCCUUCUUCUCUUUGGUCCACCAGGAACAGGAAAAACAAUGAUUGGGAAAGCCAUAGCUGGAGAGGCAAAAGCAACCUUUUUCUACAUAUCUGCCAGUUCAUUAACAAGCAAAUGGAUUGGCGAGGGUGAAAAGCUAGUGCGAGCACUGUUUGGAGUCGCAAGUUGUCGCCAGCCAGCUGUUAUUUUUGUUGAUGAAAUUGAUUCACUUCUCUCACAGCGUAAGUCAGAAGGUGAGCACGAAUCAAGUAGACGACUCAAAACGCAGUUCCUUAUUGAGAUGGAAGGCUUUGACAGUGGGAGUGAGCAAAUUCUUCUUAUAGGAGCAACGAACCGACCCCAAGAACUUGAUGAAGCAGCACGGAGGCGACUUACCAAGAGGCUUUACAUUCCCCUCCCUUCAUUAGAAGCGAGAGCCUGGAUCAUACGGAAUCUCUUAGAAAAGGAUGGACUGUUCAAACUUUCAAGGGAGGACAUUGAUAGCAUAUGCAAUUUAACCCAAGGUUACUCAGGAUCGGACAUGAAAAACUUGGUGAAGGAUGCCUCAAUGGGUCCACUGAGGGAAGCUCUGAAACAAGGUAUCGAAAUAACAAAGCUCAAAAAAGAGGAUAUGCGUCCAGUAACUGUUCAGGACUUUGAGAGUGCAUUGCAAGAAGUGAGGCCUUCUGUUUCCUUGAACGAGCUCGGUACGUACGAGGAAUGGAACAAGCAAUUUGGAAGCUUGUCACAGAGUUUUGCGUACUAAAAGAAUCAAACAAUGACGAAAAUGCAAGAAACAGAGCCUAUAAGGACGAACGAGAGAGGAUAUCCAUGGUAAAGUAGAAGCGACCGCAAUUGAAGAUAAGAUGAGAGAAAAUUGGUUAAGGUGGUUUGAACACGUGGACGAAGACCUACAGAUACUCUGCUUAGAAAAUACGACUAAGGGAUGGAGGUUUACGGUAAAAAAGGGUAGAGGAAGACUUGGGAAGAGACUAAAGUAAUAUAUGAAGUACAUGGAGCUAAUUGAAGAGUUUGUGCAAAACCGAGCGCAGCGGCAGUUUAGAAUUCAUACAACUCCCCUACUUAGUGAAAGAAUGUUUGCUGUUUGUUGUUGAAUAGGGAAGAUUAGUGAAAG